AUGAACAGGUCAGAGAACUUGUUCUUUCCUGGUUCUUCAUUAGCAUCCCAAGUUCAUGCUGCUGCUAUUAAUGGAGAUAAGGGUGCUCUUCACAAGCUUAUCGUAGGGAACUCUGCCCUUAAAGACAAAGAAGAUCAGUUUGGGAGAACGCCACUUAUGUACUGUGUGUUGGCCGACAGACUGGAUUGUGCAGAUACUCUGCUGAAAGCAGGAGCAGACGUUAAUAGAACUGACCAUAGCCAGAGGGCUGCCCUCCAUCUUGCAGCUCAAAAGGGAAAUUAUCGUUUCAUGAAGCUCUUACUUGCACGCAGAGCAAACUGGAUGCAGAAGGAUCUGGAAGAAAUGACUCCUUUACACUUGACUACUCGGCACAAGAGCCCUAAAUGUUUGGCGCUUCUGCUGAAGUUUAUGGCACCAGGAGAAGUGGAUACACAGGAUAAAAACAAGCAAACAGCUCUGCAUUGGAGCGCCUACUACAACAACCCUGAGCAUGUGAAGCUGCUCAUCAAGCAUGAUUCUAACAUUGGAAUUCCUGAUGUCGAAGGCAAGAUCCCACUUCACUGGGCAGCCAACCACAAAGAUCCAAGUGCUGUUCACACAGUACGAUGCAUUCUGGAUGCUGCUCCAACAGAGUCUUUACUGAACUGGCAAGACUACGAGGGUCGAACACCUCUUCACUUUGCAGUUGCUGAUGGGAAUGUGACAGUGGUUGAUGUCUUGACCUCAUACGAAAGCUGCAAUAUAACAUCUUACGAUAACUUAUUUCGAACACCGCUUCACUGGGCAGCUUUGCUAGGCCAUGCAGAGAUUGUCCAUCUCCUUUUGGAAAGAAAUAAAUCUGGAACCAUUCCAUCCGACAGCCAAGGAGCAACACCCUUGCACUAUGCAGCUCAGAGUAACUUUGCUGAAACAGUUAAAGUGUUUCUAAAACAUCCAUCAGUAAAAGAUGAUUCAGACCUUGAAGGAAGAACAUCCUUUAUGUGGGCUGCUGGGAAAGGCAGUGAUGACGUCCUUAGGACUAUGCUGAGCUUAAAGUCUGACAUUGACAUUAAUAUGGCAGACAAAUACGGAGGUACAGCUUUACAUGCUGCUGCACUUUCUGGCCAUGUCAGCACCGUGAAGUUAUUACUGGAAAAUAACGCUCAAGUAGAUGCUACUGAUGUCAUGAAACAUACUCCACUUUUCCGAGCCUGUGAGAUGGGGCACAAAGAUGUGAUUCAGACACUCAUCAAAGGUGGAGCAAGGGUGGAUCUAGUCGACCAAGAUGGACAUUCUCUUCUACAUUGGGCCGCGCUGGGAGGAAAUGCAGAUGUUUGCCAGAUCCUGAUAGAAAAUAAGAUCAACCCAAAUGUGCAGGAUUAUGCAGGAAGAACCCCACUGCAGUGCGCUGCAUAUGGGGGCUAUAUCAAUUGCAUGGCCGUGCUCAUGGAAAACAGCGCAGACCCGAACAUUCAGGACAAAGAGGGAAGAACAGCUUUGCACUGGUCCUGUAACAAUGGAUACCUUGAUGCUAUUAAAUUACUACUAGACUUUGCUGCUUUCCCUAAUCAGAUGGAAAACAAUGAAGAGAGGUACACCCCCCUGGAUUACGCCCUGCUUGGGGAGCGCCACGAAGUGAUCCAGUUCAUGUUGGAGCACGGCGCCCUGUCCAUCGCGGCCAUACAGGACAUCGCCGCCUUCAAGAUCCAGGCCGUCUACAAAGGGUACAAGGUCAGGAAGGCUUUCCGAGACCGGAAAAAUCUGCUCAUGAAGCACGAACAGCUGAGAAAGGAUGCUGCGGCCAAGAAGCGAGAAGAAGAACACAGGCGCAGAGAGGCGGAACAGCAGAAAGGAGGGCUGAGCCCAGAUUCCUGCAGACCCCACGCUGCCCUCUGCCUGCCCAGCACCCAAGCUGAGCCCCACGGACAGAGCCGGGCCCCCAGCAAACAGCCCCCCUGCAGCGACGAGGCCCAAGGCCCUGAGCGGAGAGCCUGCAGACGGUCUCCAGGUAGAGGGUCUCCAAGCAGAGCCCCCCAGAAGGAGCCGCAGCUCUGCCCAGACUUGCAGAGAACAGAACCCAGAAAACCAAAUGAAACAGCCAGAGAACACUCUAGAGGCCGACCUGCCUGUGUCCACUUCAGCCCCAGCGAAGGCGGUGCUGGGGACCGGGAGGGUCCGGGAGCCUCUGCUGCCGGGAAGCCCAGAGGUGAGACGGCUGCUGAGCCGCGCGGCGACGAGGGGAGAGGCUCCUGCAAGCAGCUGUCCCGCGUGCGGGCGGCCGGGCCCGCCGCGGAAGGCGAGGAGCGCAGCCGGCGGCCCGAGGCAGCCCCCAAGGCCGCGCGCGCGCCGCCGAAGAGGCGCGGCCAGGAGCUCAGAGGAGGGAGGCGCUCCCCGGCCGGGUCCAGCAGGCCCGGCAGUGCCAAGGGGGAGGCGGUCCACGCCGGGCAGAGCCCCCUCAACCACCGGACGCCAAGGACCACGGUGACCCAGGACAAGCUCGCAGGAGGGGCCUCCUCAGAUCUGCCUCCGAGCACAGAGGUGUUGCGAUCAGGAGUCAGGAAGCUGGGGGCAUCGGCCCGGUCUGAGGACACUCGGCUGCCCACGGAGGCCGAUCCGGCUCCCGGGGCCCUCCCUGCGCAGGCUGUGAACAUCGCCCUUCUCCCCGUAGAGCUGCGGCUGCAGAUCAUCCAGAGAGAAAGAAGCAGGAAGGAGCUGUUCCGCAGGAAGAACAGGGCCGCGGCGGUCGUCCAGCGGGCCUGGAGGAGCUACCAGCUCAGGAAGCACCUGUCACACCUCAUGCACUUGAAGCGGCUCGGAGCCAGAGACAUGGACAGAUGGAACCGAGAGUGCCUGGCUUUGAUCCUCCAGGUUUGGAGGAGGGAACUGGAACUGAAACCCCCGAAGACCAUGGCAGUAAGCAAGACCAACAAGAGCCCACCCAAGGGCAGCUCGGGCGGCAAGCCCAGCAGGCACUCAGCGCUCAAGCAGAUCUACGGUUCUCAAGAAGGGAAAGUGCGCCAGCCCACCAGGUCUUCAAAAGCCCCCUCUGUGCUGGGUCUCAGCUCAGUGAGCAACUUGCAGUGUCUUCACCUCCUUGAGAACAGUGGAAGAUCACAGAAUUUUUCUUACAACCUGCAAUCAGCUAACCCAUCAAGAAACAAACUAAAGCUUCGACUGCCUAAGGAGGGAGACUGUGCCCGGGGGGCUCGAAUAGCCAGUGCAGACUUCAAGUUCUCGGAUUAG